UGCCGUAUCUAAAGAAAAUCAGUCGUUCGGUUGAUAGUAGAUACAUUCGUAAGAAAAUAUAUUGGAAAAAUCCAUGACCGGUGAAAGACAGAAAGACGGUUCAGUUUGAAAUUGCGGUUUUUUUUUUUCAAAAAAAAAAAAAGGAGUAAGAAAGAGACUCUCCCAGAUAAGAAUUUAUAGCUCCUUCUUCUGCUGCUGCAGGCUGGCCAGCAAAGUUCACCAAACGCCCCUCAUCUUCAGAUUUCUCGCUUUAGGCAUUACUUACCGGCUACCGCUAGUUUGGUGUUUUGAUUACCUUGUGAGAGAGGUGUGGGAGAGGAACAAAUCUGUUUGUAAUUUGGAUCUCUUUCCUGUGAAACCCUAAUUUUCUGCAUAAGUGAAGGUUCCUUACUCAAUGGAAACUGGGGAUGGAAAUAGCAAUGCCGAUAGCCCUGAACGUACGGCAGGGAUGGAGGGGUGCUUGUAUUCCGAAGCUGUAAAUAAUGGAGUGGUAAUUGUUGAUGGGAGUGGUCCUGAUGAGAGCAAAGAAAUUAGGCAUUCGAAGAAGGAAGCUGUAAAUACCAGAGUGUCAACUGCAGAUGGGCGUUUUCGGACAUACAAGAGGCGGAAACAUGUAAAGAUGAGUUGUUCAGAAAGCAAAGCUCAGGAAGAAAGCAGAGUGUGUGUGGAAGCCGCAAGUCACUUUUCAGAACAGGCUGUGAAGAAACCAUAUGGUAUAGCUGUAGGAAAUACUUCAAAAGAUAAUUCAAAUGGACAUUGGGGGAAUGUUGUACUAAAUCAUUUAUAUCAUUCAUUAGGCAAUGAUAACAGUGGCACAAAGUGGUGCAUAAAGGAAGCACUGAUGAGUAAUCCAAAAUCCAUUACCGACAUGGAAACUUCUAAAAUUGACAAAGAUGGCCAAGAAUGCUCGUCACACUUCGACUGUUCCUCUCAUAGGUUACAGUUUGAAGCUAAUGGGCAUGCAUAUGUCAUGCAUGGUGGAUGUUCAAGUGAAUCAGAUGGCAAUGGUCUUACUAAGAAGUGUCAGCGUGUGUUCCAUAAUAUCUUAGCCUCUGAAAAAUUCAGUUCAUUAUGUAAGGUGCUACUAGAAAAUUUUCAUGGAAUGAAACCUGAAAGUGUAGUUGACUUUAGUGUCAUAAAUUCAAGGAUGACAGAAGAAGCUUAUGAACAAUCACCCACACUUUUCUUGUCAGAUUUUCAACAGGUUUGGAGAAAGCUUGAAAACACUGGAAAUGAGAUUGUUGCUAUAGCAAAGAGUCUUUCCAACUUGUCAAGAGCGUAUUACUUAGAGCAUGUGGGAGUUCCUGGACACAGUUCAUUUGAGGAUCAAAAACAAGUGUUCCAUAACUAUGCAUUGGACAAUGUUAUGAGACCACAGCAGACAGAAGUUUGUGCUACAGAUAAAGUCUGCAGUUGCAGGCAUUGUGGAGGCAAGGCAGAUGGGACAGACUCCUUGAUUUGUGAUUCAUGUGAGGAGAUGUACCAUGUAUCUUGUAUCGUGCCGGCUUUGAAGGAAUUACCUGAAAAAAGCUGGUUCUGUGCCAAUUGUACUGCUAUUGAAAUAAGAUCUCCACAUGAUAAUUGUGUGGUGUGUGAAAGGUUGAAUGCCCCAAAGUCCUUGAACAACAUUGUUGGUGAUGAGAGCAUUCCUACAAAUGAUGAAACACACAAUGAAUUGGAGGAAAAUUCAAAUUGUACAUAUGGGAUCGAGGUGUCCAUAGGGAGAAGAAACUUGCCUGAUUGCAAAAUUUGUAGGGAGGAAGUAGAUGGAGAAGAUGUACGGAUAUGCGGUCACAAUUCAUGCCCUAGUAAAUACUAUCAUGUAAGGUGUUUGUCCACUAAGCAGGUCCAGUCAUAUGCUCACUGUUGGUACUGCCCUUCUUGUUUAUGUCGAGUUUGCCUCGUUGAUCGAGAUGAUCACAAGAUUGUUCUCUGUGAUGGUUGCGACCAUGGAUACCACAUCGAUUGCAUGGAGCCUAAACGGACUACCAUUCCAAAAGGCAACUGGUUCUGCAGAAAAUGCGAUGCAGGGAUCCAAGCAAUACGCCGGGCUAAAAAGACAUAUGAGAAUUUCAAUUUUAGAACUGGCGAAGAUGUUUCAAAGCCUAAGUAUAAGCUUGGUAAGAAAUGGAAACAAGGACGAGAAUUGGAGAAAGAUGGAGGAAUGGACAUGCUUUUAACAGCAGCCAACACACUUAAAUUUGAAGAGAACUUAGCUAGUAGCUAGAUUGGUUAAUAAAAAGCAUGAAUUCCUUGACGGCAUAUGCAUUAACUGGUAAAACCCGAUUACUUAGCAUUUUGUGCAUUAUUUUGAUUAUUGACUGAUUUUGUUAGGCUGUAGAACUGCCACAUUUAGCUGACUUUUGGGUACAAAAUCAUUUGAAACAUAGGACUAUAGAGGCCGAAAAGAUAAACCACCAAAAAACUGUAUGCAAGAGUAAGUUGGUCAUAACAAUUAUGUAGUACAUAUGGGUGAUAUGAAACUUGAUUGUCUCCUUUGCUACUUGUGAAUUGUAAGAUAUUGAGUGGCCCAACUUAUGACAAUUACGACUUGUUUUGUGUUCC